UCGCUAAUUGCUGUGGCUUAUGGAAUUCCACUUGUGGUAAAGUACUUCCGGCUGAUACAGUGGCGGUCGCAGUACAGCAACUACGGAUGACGGUGCAUCUGCAGCUGAAAACAAACUUCCGGAGUGUUUGCGCUUUGCAGUUUGCUAAAGGAUUAUUUUAUUUAUUCUCUUCACGAAAAGAGUUCGCGACAUAUUCACUUUUUUCUUUAAUUUUUUUCAUAUUCAGACUAUUAAAGCGGUAAUCCGUAACCAGUUUAUAACUGACUAGCUCAAGAUGGCUUUAUUUGGACGUCCCGCUCAGCAGCGCGGUAGCAAUCGCUAUCUGGUGGAAUUUAAGGCUGGUCGCAUGAAGCUGGAAGGCACUACCGUCCACGCUGAUCCGCGCAAAGGACUGGUCUACAUCACCAAGGGCGAUGACGAACUUCUGCACUUGUACUGGAAGGAGCGCAAUGGAACGACGCCCGAAGACGACGUGAUCAUUUUUCCCAACGAGGUCGAAUUUAAAAAGAUUCCUCAGUGCACCACUGGUCGGGUUUUUCUCCUGAAGUUCAAAGGGUCCAGUCGAAAAUUGUUCUACUGGAUGCAGGAGCCUGAUGCAUCGAAGGACGAAGAGCUUUUCAAGAAAGUGAGCGAUUAUCUGGCUGGAAAGACGCCUCCGCGCACUCCUGGCACUGAAGGCGGGAACAUCGCUCCCGAUCUGCAGUCUUUGGGAAUCGACGAAAGUUCUCUGCAGGAUCUCCUGCAGGGCGUGGAUCGCAACCAGUUGCUGCAGAUGCUCGGACUGGGAGGUGCAGGUGGCGGCGCUGGGGCUGGAUUGCUGCAGGGGCUGCGGGGACCCGCCAGCAAUGGAUCAGCCGCGUCGCCCAGCUCGCCGACGCCCGCUGCAGUGAGCGCUGGUGCGACACCGGCCGCCUCUCGUCCCGCUGCUCCCACCGGAGCCCCGGCUAAACCAGCUGCGCAACGUGCUGCAGGGGCUCGCGGAUCGGCUGCAGGAAAGAUCCAGUUGGCUGAUUUGCGAAAUAUUCUCGGAUCGGUGCAGCCUACCGCAGAACAGCCACCGGUCGAUUGGACGCCAGCCUUAACCCGAACUGUACUGCAGCCACUGUUAUCCAACAAGGACUUCGUCGAUCGUCUCGUCCCACAUCUGCCGCAAGAUCCACUUAUUCCGCACACUCCCCAGGAAGUGAUGAGUACUAUCCAAAGCCCACAAUUUCAGCAGGCUAUUCAAGCUUUUACUUCCGCUUUCGAAACUCGUCAGUUAGGACCUCUCAUUCAAGAAUUCAAUUUGGGCGCCGAGGCUGUGCAGGCUGCGAAUAAUGGCGAUUUUGCUGCUUUUGUGGCCGCAAUGCAGCGAAAUGGUGCACAGACCGGACAGGACAGUUCGACUCCUGGUUCUGGUGGCGGAAGUGGCAGUGCGCCGGGAAAAGAUGAUGAUGAGAUGUCAGUUGACUGAUUGGGCUUGUCACUGUGGUAGCUUUGCAUCGUAAGCUUUUUUAUAAAAUCGCGCUGCAGUCGAGACAAGAAUCGUUUAAUUAUCGAUAAAAGCACUUCUUUUGGCUUUCUGUUGUUUGUUUACUAAGUACCGUUUACUAACGAUAAGUAUCGUACCGUUUUAAUUGUGUGACAGUAACGCAUAGUGUUAAAAAGAUACAGUUUUGGCUUUGUCACCCUGCUAGAAUGUUUAUUAACAGUUUGGUCCUUGCACGGAAUUAAACAACUUCGAUCUGAAAGUGGUUAUUACGUGUCACUAGUCACCACGUUGCUGGAAUUUACUCUGGUCCAGAUGGGGCGGAACCGGUCGGUUUGCCGUCUAUUUUCCGGAGACGCGGAGCUCGCUUACUUGCUUGAUUUCUCCAUUCCUCCGGGUCAUCGAAAGCAUUGGCCACUGGGUUGCC